AUGGCACCAUCUCUCCACCCCUCCAUCGACAACGGCCUCACCAAGGGCGACCCGAACUUCGCCGGCGGCAAGCUCAAGUGCCACUGCUCAAGCAGCCCCGUCGAGGUGACCCUCGGCAGCCAGGUGGCCCACAACCACGCCUGCGGGUGCUCCAAGUGCUGGAAGCCCAAGGGCGCGCUCUUCAGCGUCGUGGCCGUGGUGCCGCGCGACAAGCUGAGCGUGACGGCCGGCGCCGGCAAGCUCAAGGUCGUCGACCCGGAGGCCGCCAUCCAGCGCAACGCCUGCCGCGAGUGCGGCGUGCACCUGUUCGGCCGCAUCGAGAAGGACCACCCCUUCAAGGGCCUCGACUUCGUCCACGUCGAGCUCUCCAUCAUCGAGCAGGGAUUCGACCCCAACAAGAUGGACGACGUCCGCGCCGCCUUCGCCGCCAAGGGCCUGCCCACCUACGACGCCCUCUCGCCGCCGCUCAUGGACGCCAUCGCCACGUGGACGGCCCAGAAGGCUGGGAAGCUUUCUUAG